AUGCGACAGUGUGGCAUCACUUCGUCGUUGAUUUGUUUGUGGAUUUGUUUACAAUUGACGAGGUGUGAAAUCGAUGGCAAUGUCGAAUCAUCGAAUGUCGACGACGAUUUUUUGGAAACGGCAACGGGCAAAGUUGCCCAAUUUGCACUUGACCCGUGUGAGCAGUACGGAUGCACGUGUGGAAAUCUGCGGAUAGAAUGCCGAAAUGUUGAACCAUCCAAUCUUAAUCAGUCUCUGUUUGAUGUUUAUCCGCAAGGCAAAUCGAUCACAUUUGAGGACUGUAAUGAGGAAAUACUCAAUUUAAGCGUUUUCUCGAAUGCCGUUCAUCUAGAACGUGUAUCUGUGAUUCGAUGCGGUGUUAUCGAUGUGAAAAGUGAAGAUAUUUUAUUCGACUUGAAACAUUUGGAACUACCUCAUAAUGGUUUAAAUGACAAAUCAGUGAAUAUUCUCUGUGAUCUGCUGCGAUAUAUUCCAUCAAUUGUUUCACUGAAUUUGUCGUUUAAUCGUAUAUCAACGUUUUUCUUGAACGAUACGUCAUGCUUUCCGUCAUCAUUACGGCAUCUGAAUCUUUCACAUAACCAGAUAUCUUCGUUUAAUAUUCAUCAUUCAAAUGUAGCAGUGCUUGAUCUGUCCGGAAAUCAACUAUGCGAAAUUGAUGAUCCACGAACAUGGGCAUCUUCGUUGAAAUCGCUGAAUAUCUCGUCGAAUCGUUCACUGAAGAAGAUUCCAAAUUUGUCGAUGAACAGACUCGAAGAUCUGAAUUUAGAUGGAUGUGGAAUAUCUGAGUUGAUAGUGAGCAGAUGUCCACGGCUGAAGAAUUUAUCUGUGCGUAACACUCCUUUGGAAGUGUUGGAUUUUGAUUUGCUAAAUGUUCCUUCAUUACAACAGAUGGAUCUUUCGGACAGUCACUGGUUAAGUAGUGUAAUUGGUGUUCUACCGCCCAGCAUGCAGUCUUUCCGUCUUAACAGUUCAUUGGUCAGCUAUUUACCGAAAGCAUUUUUCAGCAGGGCGGUAAAUUUAGUUGAGCUGAAAUUGAUGCCGAACGAAUGGAAUUGUGACGAGUGUUUAAUGGAAUGGUUUGAUCCCGUAUCGGCUCUGAUGCAGAAAUCACAGUUGAACUGUGCUGAUAAUGAUUCUUAUGCUGUGCAGCCAGAUUGUUCGAUUGGUAUUGCAGAACCGUUACGAUGGGUGAACGGUAGCAAAAAUAUUGUUCGUACACGAUAUGGGAAAUCGGCGAUUCUGAAAUGUGACGCGUAUGGAGUGCCUCAACCCAAAAUUGAAUGGUGGUUGGUGAGACCAGAACUGCUGAUUGGCUCAUAUGAUCCGAUCAGCAAGCGUAUUGCAAUGGAGUGGUCUCGGAACAAUUCUUAUCGUAUACUGAAAGGUGGAAAUCUGCUCAUAUCGAAUGCAAGCCGGAAAUUGGUUGAACGAUAUCGUUGCGUUGCCUUGAACGAAAUGGGUAACGCAUCGACGAUUGUACGUUUCCGUUUGGACUAUUCAUUCUGGUACAGUCUCGAGCUGUUCGAUUCGGUGUUCUGGGGCUCAGUUGUGGCAUCGUUGUUGUUGUGUGCGACAUCGUUCGUGCUGAACAUUUUGUGGAUUAUGUGCCGUAAAACGGGUCUGUGGUGGCUCCGAAGAACAGAACGUUUAUCGCGUGUUCGAAGUAUGGUGGAAGCGGUCGAGAAGUAUCGUCAACGGCAAAUGAUGAGUUUGCACGAGACUUAUCGUACACGAAUUGAACAUGUUCGAGAGAAUUACCAUCAGCAGGUUGAACAAUUACGAUCCUCUUAUGCAAGCCAAGUGGGACGUUUCCGUCACUAUCGUGCUGCACAGAUGGAAACAAUGGGACAACAUCUGGAUAGUAUUCGAGAUAAUUAUUAUCAACAGUUGUUGAUUUAUUUGGAAUUUUUUUCUGAAUGUAAUGAAAAAAUUUACGUUCCGUUGAAGAUGUGUCGAUUGCGCGACUAUGGCUCGAAACAUGUGGAUCAAUUAUGGGAGAGUUACGAACGGCAAAUGAAUCGUAUUCGAACAUUCUCGUUGCAACAACGCUUGAAACUGAUGCGUCAAUACAAGGUGAAGCAACACUACGUGAACUCGUUGCUGGAGAAGUUCGGUAGUGAUGACCCAUCGGCAGUGGCUUGUCUGAAACAGCAAUCUGAAGCAGCUGUGUUGGGACCAGUUGAGGAACUUGACGAAAUGGAGGGCGCACUGUCGAGAUCGUCCUCGUAUUAUUCACUGCCUGAAUAUGUGCUGGACGAAUCGGGUGAAAUGCAUUGUGCAUCGAACGUAACCGAUAUGACACAUAUGUUGAACCGGCAUCGACAACCGUCGGUGAAGAAAACGAAAAAUCGGGCAAGCGAUCCGAGGAAAGAGAACCAAAAUAGUGCUUAUAACGAUAGUGAGUGUGAUGAUGACGGCGAAGACCAACAGCCAUGCACUUCAAGCGGGUAUAAAGGAAGGUCGAGAGGCGAUCGCAAGAGAUCACCAGCCAGCUUACAACCGCUCAAAAAACCGCAUUUCCCAAAACAGCAACAACAACAACAGCAGCAAAGUGAUAGUAGUGUAACUCGUACGGGUCAGACACCCUCAUCAGAAUCGACUGAUCUAAUCGCGGACCUGUCUUCAUCGUCCUGUACCAAUCCACCGAACAGCAAUAACAACAAGAAUCCCAUUCGAAUAACUCAACUGUAA